CUCGCCGCACGUAGAGCACAACGUGACCGCCCAGCCCGACGAGCCUCCUCCUUCUCCUCCUCCUCCUCCUCCUCCUCCUCCCUCCGGCUCCGGCUCCGGCUCCGCUCCGCUCCGGCCCCCGCACCUGCCGGCCCCGCUGCCGCUGCCGCUGCCGCUGCCGCGCCGAGCAGCGCGGGGCCAUGGAGCUGCGCCGAGCCCGAGCCCGAGCCCGAGCCCGAGCCUGAGCGGGGCGGGCGGGCGCGGGGUCCAUGUCCCGCCCUGGAUAUGUGGAUGCCCACGCGAGGAUGGAUGUCGCGUGCGGGCUGCUCUGGCUGCUCAGCGCGCUGCUGGAGGGCGGCUGCGGACAGGGGGUCUACGCCCCACCCACGGUGAGGAUUGUUCACUCAGGCCUGGCGUGUAACAUCGAGGAGGAGCGGUACUCGGAGCGAGUAUACACCAUCCGUGAGGGGGAGACUCUGGAGCUGACCUGCUUGGUCACGGGCCAUCCUCGGCCACAGAUCAGGUGGACCAAAACAGCAGGAAGUGCCUCUGACAGAUUUCAAGACUCAAGUGUCUUCAACGAAACUCUGAGGAUUACCAAUAUCCAGCGCCAUCAAGGAGGUCGCUACUACUGUAAGGCGGAAAAUGGCUUGGGUUCGCCAGCGAUAAAGUCAAUAAGAGUGGAUGUCUACUAUCUGGAUGAUCCAAUAGUGACAGUUCAUCAGAGCAUAGGGGAAGCAAAAGAGCAGUUCUACUAUGAGAGAACGGUGUUUCUCAGGUGUGUUGCCAACUCCAAUCCGCCUGUUCGGUACAGCUGGCGGCGUGGUCAAGAGGUAUUGCUGCAGGGGUCCGACAAAGGAGUUGAAAUUUAUGAACCCUUCUUUACCCAGGUAGGAAUUGAGGGGGAAACAAAGAUUCUGAAACUAAAGAAUCUUCGACCUCAGGACUACGCUAAUUACAGCUGCAUCGCUUCGGUGAGGAAUGUGUGCAACAUCCCCGACAAGAUGGUCUCGUUUAGACUCUCCAAUAAAACAGCCUCUCCAUCAAUCAAGCUCCUGGUGGAUGACCCUAUUGUGGUGAACCCUGGGGAGGCCAUUACGUUAGUCUGCGUGACGACGGGAGGAGAACCGGCUCCCAGCCUCACCUGGGUCAGAUCCAUCGGGGUCCUGCCUGAGAAAAUCGUCCUGAAUGGUGGGACCUUAACGAUACCUGCCAUCACUUCAGAAGAUGCUGGCACCUAUAGCUGCAUCGCCAAUAAUAAUGUGGGCAACCCCGCAAAAAAGUCCACCAACAUCAUUGUAAGAGCCUUAAAAAAAGGUCGGUUUUGGAUCACGCCAGACCCGUAUCACAAAGACGACAACAUCCAGAUUGGGCGCGAGGUGAAAAUCUCUUGCCAGGUGGAAGCUGUUCCUUCAGAAGAGCUCACGUUUAGUUGGUUUAAAAAUGGACGCCCUUUGCGAAGCUCAGAGAGGAUGGUCAUUACCCAGACAGAUCCAGAUGUGUCCCCUGGCACCACCAACCUGGAUAUCAUCGACUUGAAAUUCACGGACUUUGGGACCUACACUUGUGUGGCAUCCUUGAAAGGAGGCGGCAUAUCUGAUAUCAGCAUUGAUGUGAAUAUAUCCAGCAGUACAGUUCCACCCAAUUUGACUGUCCCACAAGAAAAAUCACCCUUGGUCACGCGGGAAGGAGAUACUAUUGAACUGCAGUGCCAAGUGACCGGAAAGCCCAAACCAAUCAUUCUUUGGUCCAGAGCAGACAAGGAGACGGCGAUGCCAGAUGGAUCGAUGCAGAUGGAGAGCUACGAUGGGAUACUGAGGAUAGUAAACGUGUCUCGGGAGAUGACAGGAACAUACAGAUGCCAGACCAGUCAGUACAACGGAUUCAACGUGAAGCCGAGAGAAGCCCUGGUACAGCUCAUUGUGCAGUAUCCUCCUGCGGUGGAACCAGCCUUCUUGGAGAUUAGACAAGGCCAGGGUCGAAGCAUCACCAUGAGUUGCCGGGUGCUGAGAGCGUACCCAACUCGGGUGCUGACAUUUGAGUGGCGACUGGGCAAUAAAUUGCUGCGGACUGGUCAGUUUGAUGCUCAAGACUCUACUGAAUACACCGUAAGCAGUCUGUCCAGGGACAGCUAUGGGAUUUACAAUUGCAACAUCAUAAAUGAAGCUGGAGCAGGGCGAUGCAGCUUUCUCGUUACAGGCAAAGCGUACGCGCCCGAGUUUUACUACGACACCUACAACCCCCUGUGGCAGAACCGGCCCCGGGUUUACUCCUACAGCCUGCAGUGGACUCAGAUGAACCCCGACGCUGUGGACCGCAUCCUUGCGUACCGCCUCGGGAUUAAGCAGGCUGGGCAGCAGCGUUGGUGGGAGCAGGAGAUUACAGUGAAUGGGAACAUUCAGAAAGGAGAAUUAAUUACAUACAACCUGACAGAGCUGAUCAAGCCAGAAGCCUAUGAAGUCCGACUGACUCCUAUCACCAGAUUUGGGGAGGGAGAUUCGACCAUUCGUGUCAUCAAAUAUAGUGCUCCAGUCAAUCCCCACUUACGGGAGUUUCACUGUGGGUUUGAGGACAAUAACAUCUGUCUAUUCACCCAAGAUGAUACGGACAAUUUUGACUGGACGAAACAAAGCACUCUCACCAGACACCCAAAAUACACUCCAAACACUGGGCCUAUUGCAGACCGAACCGGGUCCAAAGAAGGUUUCUACAUGUACAUUGAAACGUCGCGCCCCAGGCUGGAAGGAGAAAAGGCCAGACUUAUUAGUCCUGUUUUCAGUGUGGUGCCUCAAAAUCCUUACGGAGCUACCAACACGGCGUAUUGUUUUAGCUUCUACUAUCACAUGUACGGACAGCACAUAGGAAGCUUGAAUGUUUACCUGCGGCUAAAGGGUCAGACGACAAUAGAAAACCCAUUAUGGUCCUUAAGUGGGAAUAAGGGGCAGCACUGGAAUCAGGCCCGUCUUAACAUACACCCAACCACUUCAUUUCAGGUCAUUUUCGAAGGAAUCCGAGGUCCUGGCAUAGAAGGCGACAUUGCUAUUGACGACGUAUCAAUUGUGGAAGGAGAGUGUAUGAAAACAUACCAGCCGCCCAUCAAUUCCCGAUCAGGUGCUUUUGGGACGUUAGCACAUAUAUGGCUUUUCCCAGUUCUCCUCCUCCUGUCUGUCUUAAGUCAUCAGAGGUGACCUUAUUCUGGCAGAGGCUACAAAAGAUUCACCAGGCACUGGCAUGAAGAAAGAGUCUUUGUAAAAUGGACAUUUAAAAACAAACUACCAAAGAUUCCUCCACUGACUGACUCAAACGUUUAAAAAAAAAAAUAAAAGUUUAAAAAAAAAUAAAAAGCACUGGGGAUAAAAGGCAUCCUGGGAGCAUAACUCGCUACGAACCACGCGUGAAAAAAAAAGUGAUCUGGCCUGAGUAAAGAGGAGAGCUGCAGGUGCUUUUGUGGUCAGUAAGAAUACAGCAUCAUCUGGUUGAACUCUGAAAAAAGAGCUAUAGAAAUCCUUGUCAAAGCACAAAGUCAUGGCUGGUUUUGUUUCAAAUGAAUAGUUUGCUUGUUACCAUGGAAACCUAAUGGCCUGCCAAAAAAAAAAAAGGAGAGAGAAAUAGAGAGAGAAAGAGAGAAACACCUUACUGUAAACAGGGUACGUGAAGAGCUGGCGUAUAUUUUCCCUUCGAGAAGGUUUUUAGUAUAGAGUUCAAUAAACGUAGGCCCUUUCGCCUUUGGCUGUCACCUCCCCUAGAGAAUAACCCUAAAUCAAAGCUGUUUAAGAUGUUUAUGUUUCAUUUUCUCAUGGCUAUGCUAGAUAACUGUAUGCCGUCUCCUUUUGCAUGCAUUACUAGCCAGGAUGUGCCACCUGGGCUUACAUAUUACACAGGCUUAUCGGAGUUUGCUUGCGGCCACUUGACCACCCCCCCCCCCUCCCCCCCAACUAAGUCAUCUGUUCUAAUGAAGUGAAGAAACCAAACCACCAUCUUUUAUAAAUUGCCAUGGAAACCAAGUGCCUUCAAUGAAACAAGCCUGAUUAUAAAACAAAAUAACGCUAAUAAUUUCAACACAGAAGCUUGCACUGCUAAAAUGUGGUUUGUCCAAACUAUUUUCUAAAACAAACUACCGAGCCUAAGAGUGCAAGCUGCAGGCAAGAAAGCAAAGCCGCUUCUGGAGAAGGAUGGACCUCGGUUGCUGCGUAAGCCCUUUUGGAUGAGAUGUUUGUUGUUUAACCUUCCAGACAGCCAUGGCCUUUCAGCUUAUUAUCCAUUAGAAAAUAGCUUCUAUUGGUCCAGAGAAUGGGAGCAACACUUUUUCCACCCCCCCAGGUUAUCAAGUGGGUCAACCAGAGCAAAAGGUUGUUCAGAUAUACUUAGCGCAGAAGGUGGUAAAACACAAAAGUGAUUUUCUUCGUCUAACCUCCAUUUGAAAUGAAAUUGGCCCUAGCUUUAGAGAGAAGAGAAGGUGUGUGUGUGUAACUGCAGUGCAUAUAUAUAUUAAAAAAAAUCCAAAAGAAGAAAACAAAACCAACAAAAAAAAAAACAAAACAAAAACCACUCUACAGCAAAAGAGGGCCGGCAAAAUCUGGCUUUAUUCCAAACACCAAGGGUACAAUGCCUCUGCCCUUUAGUCAGACUCUGUGCAGAUUGUGAAAUAUUAUUUUAUUAUUUUAGCAAAAUUAAAAAAAAAAAGAAAACACUUUUACAAAAAAAUAAAACCUGUAAAAAUGAUUUUGAGCUACCUGAGUACAUGCCAUACCUUUAACCAGCCAGUUUUCCAAUGCAUUGUAAAUUUCCCUUACACACUUGGUUAUGAAAAUUUGAAAACCUUUUUCCUUAAAUUAUGUCAGCUUUUAACUUCAUUUAAAAAGAAAAAAAAAGAAAGACUUUUGUCUAAAGAAGAGUAUUAUUAUUAUUAUAAUUAUUAUUAUUAUUAUUAUAUGUUCUUUCAACACCCUAGGAUUAAAAACUGAUAUGCAAGUAAUUGGGAUAUAAAUAUUAAAAAAAAAAAGUAUAACAUUUGCAAAUAUUAAUAUAAAAAGCACAACAAGAUGCAGUAAAACGAUUACAAGGCUUGAUUUUUUUUAUUCUGUAGAAAAAUGUUUGUGCAAAUUCAGUACUUCAACUGAAGAGAUAAUUUUACAGCUAUGUUCAAUAAAGCCUCUUUCCAGGUAAGGUA